CAUCCCUCGCCGACAUCCAGCAGCAGCAGCACCUUCACCCCACCUCCCCCGCACGGCUGCCGACUCGACUCCUUCGACUGCCCCCCCACCGUCCUGCUUCCUCCUCCUCGUCCCCAUCUAAUCGGCUUCGAAGACAGUGACAUGGAGGUUGGGGACGCUUGGAAAUGCAGCCUUUUCUUACCAGGUCAUCCCGCACCUCCGGCACCACCACUUGUUCUCUGUCGAAUGUUCUCCUCUCAACAUCCAAGAGCACGGCUGUGCUCAAUGGCUCAACAGCGAAGAAUACGAACAUCAGAACCACCACCGCCACAACUACAACCACGAAAAAUCACACCGACAGCUCUUCGCUGUUCCGGAGGUUCGGAGAUUUCUACAAACGGUUCUACUCGACGGUAUCGGAGAACGCUGGACCGGCGAGGGGGUUCAAUGCAGUUACACCCAAUGGAACGGGUAAUAUCUGCGGCAGCGGGUCGGUAGUCCACGGCGGCCGUUCCGUUGGGGAAGGCGUGGGGGGAGAGCCCGUGCGCACCGCUGCCGCACCUCCGAACCCUGCCGCCGCCGCCGCACCUCCGGUCCACGUAGGACGACGACAACCCAGCAUCUCAUCGGCGCACAUACACUCGUUCAGAUACCUGCCGAGUCGGCCGACUUUGGGCAGGGUGCGGGGGCGGGCAGCACCAGACAGAAACGGCCCUGGGGAACUCGAACCUGGCCUGCCGGCCGAUAGCCCUCCCAACAGCAACAUCGAAGUAUCGGUCUACAAACUGGUACGACGAUUGGAGGACCACGACCGGCUGCUCAGAGCCCUCGAGACGGAGAUUCAGCGGAGGAAUUUGCUGUACCGGGAAGCGCAGUCGGCCACCGAGAAAGAAGUACAUGCCAAAGAAGUGCAGUCGCUGCAGAAAGUUUACGUCCAUAUAGCAACACACUAUUAUGACACUAGAGUCGUGGCCCUAGUCAUGAAAGCCGUUCAAGCUUCACAAUCCCGAGUUGCGCCACUUGCGCACUCAACGACCAUGCCAUACCUACCGCCAUUCCCUCACUACGACUCACCACUUCCCCCCGUAGCUCUCAACAAGUCUAUGCUGAACCUGUUUCAUCCCCGAACCCCUCCGCCCCGAAUUCUCAUUAAAAUAUCCUACAACCUUCUGACAUCCAACUGCGCACCCAACGCCAAGACCUACAACAUUUUGCUUCGCGGCUUCACCAUCCACCGCCAGAACUCUCUCGCGCACAUGGUCUUCCACAGCAUGGUCGACCUCGGCAUGCCGCUCGACGACUACGGCGUGGUAGCGGUAGUCAACCUCUGCGUCAAAUCCGCCGACUACGACGCCUACCGGCGCGUUCUCCGGAUCCUGCAGACGCAAGCGCGGGAAGGCGGGCAGCGCGUGCGGCGGAGCAAGAUGGUGUACGAAGCGAUGAUCCACGGCGCGGCAAAGUUCGGGCACCUGGAGCGGAUCCGUUUCCUGAUCCGGGCGAUCAAGCGGCAUUUCCCGGACUCACCCUUCCUCAGCAUGAAGCUGCUGACCAGCCUUCUGCGCCUGUGGACACAGAAGCGCAACUGGAAAGAGGGCAAAGUGGUAUGGAAGCGCAUGAAGCGCCUUGACCGGAUCGCGCGCGUGCGCAGGGAAGAGCCCGCAACCGACCUCCGCGCGUACUACCAGAUGUUCCAGUUCUGCAAGUCGUGCGGGCGCGAGCCCGCCGCGGCCAAGAUCCUGGAGGAGGCGCGCGUGCGCGGAUGGGUCCACGACGGCGUCUCCAUCGUGCGCCCGCAGAAGACGAAGGGCCUCCACGUCACCUCCGAGGUCAAGGUCCCGCGCCUCGCGGAGCUCACGCAGCUCUACGCAAGAUACAAGCGAAAGAACCUCCGCUCCCGUGACCCAGGCGAGUCCCGCAGAAACGCCCUCAUGCGGUUACUAGAGAACGCUUUCGACUCCUAUAACACCCUCGACACACCAAAGAAUGUCGCCCAGGACGACGAGUUCCUCGAAAAAGUCCUACUCCCGCCGCUGAAGGGCGCUGAGGAGGCGGGCCCGCCAGAUCAAAAACCGAAUGAGGAGCGAUCGAAGAUCUGGAGCGAGAUACUGUCGUAUCGUCUGGCGGCCCUGAGAGAGGAGAUAACAAUCGCAAACAACAUCGAGGCCCUAAUCUCCCAGGAGGCGCCGAAAUCGGACACGCCGGAAGAGGAUACCCUAGCGGCUUAUCCGCUGGGCUGGAAACCGGAUUUGAUUGCGUAUGCUCGGGGGACCGAGUGAGAGCGGGAGUGGCAGGGCGGCGGCGGGGGGUCUUGUAUUAUGUAUGUAUGGCGCUGGGGUUAAAUUGGAUGGAUGGACCAGUACUUUGUUUUGUAGAGUAGAGUACAUGUAGCUUCUUGAUUUAUCUAUGGGGGUUUUGAUUAUGUGUACAUACUGGAUACUGGGCAGCAUACUGUACUGGGUAGCAUACUGCGCGGCGUAGUUAGAGGGGAUGUAUUGUUGGCGUAGAUAUAUCGGUGUAAAUAGACGUAUGAUGGGUGCCGGGUGGGCAGCGAUACAUACGAAGGGGUAUCUACUGCGAGUCUUCACGGCACGAUGCGAGGCUCUGGAGUCGUCAAGGUUGAAAGGACAUACGCAAUCCACCGCGGAAGUCGAGGC